AAUUUAUAAAUACAAUAUAAUUUAGGUUUUAUACUAUUAAAUAAAUAUAACACCUAUAAGUACACCUAUACUAAGAAUAUUCAAUAUUCGCAAAGACAAAAAUUAUCAAAAAUUGAAUUUAUUGUUAUAAAUUAAAUCAAAAUGAGUCGUAUGAAAACGUUGUGUGCUAUGGAAUCAUUGGUAGAAGGUGUUCCACAAAUUAAUUUCAUUAUCUGCCCAGCUGUGAUUGAUGACUGCGAUCAAAUCUAUGAAUUAGUUCAAGAAUACUACUCCGAGUAUAGUAUACCAAGCAGCAGACAAUUGAACAAAGACACUUUCAGAAGGGACGGAUUUGAAUCUCAAAACCCUAGUUUCCAGUGUUUUAUAGCAAAAACUAGAAAAGAAGAAGAUAUUAUCAUCGGAUUUGUACUGUGGUUUCGACCGUUUGAGAAUACGAAUGGCCAACAAGUGUUCCUCGAAGCAUUGUACGUGUCUAAACCUUACCGACAAAAAUACGUCGAACAAGCACUCUUUGAAAAAACGAUUCAAAUCUAUUGAGUGGAGGUGAACUAGAUGUCAAUCGCCCUGCCGCCGCUGUGUCGUAACUAAACUGACUAUCCAUCGAUGCGCCCAAUGCAUAAUGUUAUACCUAUCAAUAGCAAUAAUAAUAAAAAUAAUAUUAUUAUCAUCGUUGUAUAAUUAUAUGCUGUGAAAAUCCGCUGCGUUAUCGAGAAAACGGCAAAUUUUGAAAACUACUAACUGAAGAAAACAAAAACAAUAAUUUAUAAUAUAAUAUUAUAUUCAUAUGUUUAUAAUAUUUGUUGCGGAUGUCCGUCACGAAAAUGGAACCAUAACGGAUUACCCGGUGACCGAAAGCGGAAAUGAGUGCCCCCUUAUGGGGCUCGUAGAGAUGAUCCAGUCUGGUCUCUUGUUACACGCCACCUCAAACAAAAAACACCAUACCACGUCGAAUUAAUAUUAUCUAUUUAUCUAUACUAUAACUAUCAUCACAACAAUGACAUUUUAUUCUUUGGGGUUUUUGAGGAUUGCGACAAGGUGCUGUACUAUGAAAUUAUAUAAUUUGCCCUUGCCAAGAGUACGUUGAAAUCCAACUAUCAGACAACAUUUUUUUAAUGGAUAUUUCUAACAAUUCAGCUACAUUCACCUUUGAUGAAAUGAAAAAAUCUAUUUUAUAAAGGACCCACCUUAAAAAAGGGGCGUGGUUUUCUUUAUAUGUUUAAUAAACAAUAACAAUUUAUUUUA